AUGGCCCCUAAACCACCCGCUGGUACCUCGUCUAGAGCCUGGGAUGCUGUUACUCCCCCACUGUCGGAAUGGGUGCUUGAUGCGGUCUCUUCCAUGGGGUUCUCACGCAUGACCCCCGUGCAGGCCUCUACGAUUCCUUUGUUUAUGGCACAUAAGGACGUGGUGGUGGAAGCAGUGACGGGGAGUGGCAAGACAUUGUCUUUCCUGAUUCCUGUGGUGGAGAAGCUCUUACGUCUUGAGGAGCCUAUCAAGAAGCAUCAUGUCGGCGCCAUCGUUAUAUCUCCCACAAGAGAACUUGCAUUACAAAUAUAUACUGUCCUGAAGUCACUUCUCGCCUUUCACCCUCCUUCCGCCUCCGUUCUGAAUCUCUCCGACGACGAUGCACACCGUCAAAAAGAGUCUUCCUCAACGCUCAAGGUGGUUCCCCAGCUUCUUCUCGGAGGCACGACUUCCCCCGCGGAAGACUUGAGCACCUUUCUGAAGCAAUCGCCGAACCUAUUGGUGUCUACUCCUGGCCGUCUCCUGGAACUACUCUCCUCGCCUCAUGUACAUUGUCCUCAAUCUUCCUUCGAGAUGCUCGUUCUGGACGAGGCGGAUAGGCUUUUGGAUCUUGGGUUCAAGGAAACAUUGCAAAAUAUUCUGCGUCGACUCCCCAAACAAAGACGCACGGGAUUGUUCAGUGCCAGUAUCAGCGAGGCUGUGGAUCAAAUUGUUCGCGUUGGUCUGCGCAAUCCCGUCAAGGUCAUGGUCAAAGUUAAAGGCACUUCAGGUGUCCAGGAUAAACGCACACCGGCUAGUUUACAAAUGACCUACUUGACCGUUCCCCCACUGCAUAAAUUCUUCGCUCUCAAACACAUCCUGUCCUCCGUACAACCAACCCCACAGAAGACAAUCUUUUUUGUUUCAACCUGCUCGGGAGUUGACUACCUGUCCGCAAUACUCCCUUUACUAAUGGGAGAUGAUUUCCAGCUGAUCCCACUCCAUGGCAAACACCCAGCGAACGUUCGCGAAAAGAACUUCAAUCGCUUCAUCAACUCCCACACCCCAGCAAUUCUCCUGACGACAGAUGUUGCGUCUCGCGGAUUAGACAUCCCGUCCGUUGACCUCGUCGUUCAAAUUGACCCUCCGUCCGACCCCAAGACGUUCAUCCAUCGCUGCGGCCGUGCUGGCAGAGCGGGCCGUAGGGGCCUAAGUGUAGUGAUGCUGCAUCCGGGACAUGAAGAAGACUACGUGUCGUUCCUUGAAGUCCGCAAAACUCCAGUCAUCCCAUUUCCUCAGCCUAUUUCCAUCUCCGACACCGAAGCCGCUGCUAGUAUGAAUGUCGCGCGCAAAGCCGUGUUGAAAGACCGUGCUCUCCAUGACCGAGGCCAAAAAGCGUUUGUCAGUUGGCUAAGAAGCUACAGCAAGCACCAAGCGAGCAGUAUCUUCCGAGUUGCUGACCUGGACUGGGAAGCGCUAGGCAAAGCCUGGGGGCUACUCAAGUUACCGAAAAUGCCUGAACUGAAGAAGUUCACUGGGGAUAAGACUCUCGGCGUUGAUAUCACCUGGGACACCUACGCAUACAAGGACAAACAGCGGGAAAAGCGUCGCCUGGAAGUCCUUCAGGAGACUGCCGAGUCAGGCGGCCAUCAGGAAUCCUCGAACAAGAGACGAGCAAGCGAGAGCCUAGCAUGGAGUAAUAAGAUUGAGAACAAGAACAAGAAACUGAAACGUCGUGAACAGAAACAUGCCCGACAGGAGAGGGACAGAUGGGAGAAAAUGACCGAGGAAGAACGACAGAAGGCCCGGGAGACGGAGAAGUUGGUGGCCCAAAUCCGAGAGAAGAAUGAAGAAGAGCGCCGACUCCGACGUGCAGCAACCAAAGCAGGUGCAGGAAUGUCCGGUGAAGACAAAGGGGAUGAAUUCCAUGGAUUCGAUGACUGA